AGAGCUGGAAACGGAAGUGUCGGUUUGUCGGUCUCGGAGGCUGGCUGUGGAAGACUGCGAGGCUUUAACACGAUUGUUAAUCUCGGUGUGGGGCACCUGGCUUUGGGAGGAACAUGAACUUGGGAGUAAAUGUAUCUACUCCUGAGUUUUGAAAUUUUAGGAAAGGAAGAUGGAUCAGCCUACUGGAAGGAGUUUUAUGCAAGUGUUAUGUGAAAAAUAUAGUCCUGAAAACUUUCCUUACCGCCGUGGUCCUGGGAUGGGAGUCCACGUCCCAGCUACACCUCAGGGCUCUCCUAUGAAAGAUCGCCUCAACCUCCCGAGCGUCCUGGUGCUGAACAGCUGCGGGAUCACCUGUGCGGGGGAGGAGACCGAAAUCGCUGCCUUUUGUGCUCACGUGUCAGAACUGGAUCUUUCUGACAACAAACUGGAAGACUGGCAGGAGGUCAGUAAAAUUGUGUCAAAUGUUCCCCAGUUGGAGUUUCUAAACCUGAGUUCCAACCCUCUGAAUUUGUCAGUUUUAGAAAGAACAAGUGCUGGGUCCUUCUCUGGGGUUCGAAAACUUGUCCUCAAUAACAGCAAAGCCUCCUGGGAGACAGUGCACACGAUCCUGCAGGAGCUGCCAGAUUUGGAGGAGCUCUUCCUGUGCCUUAAUGACUAUGAAACAGUGUCUUGUCCUUCUAUUUGCUGUCAUUCUUUGAAGCUCCUACAUAUAACAGACAAUAAUCUCCAAGACUGGACUGAAAUACGAAAGUUAGGAGCAAUGUUUCCUUCGCUGGAUACCCUGGUCCUGGCCAACAACCACCUGAAUGCUAUUGAGGAGCCUGAUGACUCACUGGCCAGGUUGUUUCCUAACCUGCGAUCUAUCAGCCUCCACAAGUCAGGUUUGCAGUCCUGGGAAGACAUUGACAAACUAAAUUCAUUCCCUAAACUUGAAGAAGUGAGAUUGUUAGGCAUUCCUCUUCUGCAGCCAUACAGCACCGAGGAGCGCAGGAAGUUGGUCAUAGCCAGAUUGCCAUCAGUUUCCAAACUUAACGGCAGUGUUGUUACUGACGACGAGCGUGAAGACUCGGAGCGGUUUUUCAUCCGUUACUAUGUCGCCGUUCCGCAGGAAGAAGUGCCGUUCAGGUAUCACGAACUGAUCACAAAAUACGGGAAGUUGGAGCCUUUGGCAGAAGUGGAUCUAAGACCCCAGAGCAGUGCGAAAGUACAAGUCCACUUUAAUGAUCAGGUGGAAGAAAUGAGCAUUCGUCUGGACCAGACAGUGGCAGAACUGAAGAAACAGUUAAAAAGCCUCGUGCAGCUGCCCCCGAGCAGCAUGCUGCUCUACCACUUUGACCACGAGGCGCCCUUCGGCCCCGAGGAGAUGAAGUACAGCUCCCGGGCCCUGCACUCCUUCGGCAUCAGGGAUGGAGACAAGAUCUAUGUGGAAUCCAAAACCAAGUGACCUCUAGACCGACUGCACACACCCAGGACUUCCGCAGGGCACUGUUUCCGGGUUAUCUUUAGGAGGGAGCAGGUGGGUUUGCUUUGGGUUUGCUUUGCUUUGUUUAGGGGUGGAGGUGUAAACUCCCCUCCCCACGCCUCACCCCCCAUCCCUGGAAUGGGUGGGGGCUGUUUGAGGUAUUUUUUACCGGGAUUUCUUUAGCCCUGCCGGCAGAAUUGACCCCAUCUCCAGCCCGUGUGCCCUCCCUCCCGAAAGGAUGACUGGGAAACCCCGUCUUCCUGUGUGCACCGGGCUGCCUGCUGCAUCAGACCCAUGAGGAUGAGGGCAGCAUGGGCAGUGCCUCCCUACGUGGGGCUGGAGCAGUCAGGGUCCUUGUGGGAAGGGCCAGCUCCUGCACUCAGUGGUGAGAGAGGGGACUAGAAUCGGAGGAGCUCUGGUUCCAGGUCUCUCCUGGGACUUGGUGAUGCCGUAUGGAAGGAUCCUCCUGUGUCACAGUUCACUUAGCUGCCCCUGCAGCACCACUCUGAUUUGUGAGUAAAUACAAGUGUCCAAAUUCAGAAUUGCCUCCAAGUCAGAUUUUUUGCAGAAGAAUAUUCAAAGCACUUUUCUUUGAAAUCUGGUUCCUUCCCUGCUCUGAAGUCUUGGUUUGUUCCAUUCCUCUGUCAGUACAGGCUCUUCCUUUAAAAUGUGUUUUUCUUGGUCCACCCUGUGUGCAGAGAUUUAGCGUAGGCGGGCAGGAGGCGUGCGCACGCAGGACUUCUCAGAGAAUGUUAGGAUGGUGUUUGACCUUUUCAUUCAUUCCACCACUCCUGUGAGUUUCUUAGGAAGUUUCUUAGGUGGCUUGUAAAUUCUUCAUGUAUGUGGUGUUGUGUUUAUUACUGUUACUUUUUAAGCUUUUCUUUGCCAUAAAAGCAGGUAUUUAUUCUCUUACGCACUUCAGGUUCAGUGUUUGUAAAGCCCUUGACCCAGGCCUCCUGAGUCCAGUCCACAUUCACUGAAAUUGUGAAGGUGGGAACCACAGGGAGUGAGGUGACGAGGCCUCUCUUCUCCGGGCUCGGUCCCUCCCAGGCAGAGGGGGCUCAGGGGCCACGCUUCACAGAGAUGAGAGUCAUUAUUUUGCCAUCGCAAUUUUCUGGCUUAUUUUUUGAAGUGGGCAGUGUGGCCCUUGUGUCAUGAGGUUAAAACUAUGGAGGCUUUGUGUAUGUGUGCGUGAGUGCAGGCACGUUUGGGAGGAAUAGGAUAGCUGAGCCUUUGCUUUGUCAGCCAAGGAGAUAGAUGCACCCUUAUUUUUUGAGGUUGUGUGGCCCCCGACUGUCCCCCACAGAAGGCAGAGGGAGCAUGUAGGUUAUGCUUUAAUCAUAAGCAGGAUGGUCACAAUAAGAUAUUUUAUAUAUUACAGAGUUCUAUGAGAUGCUUUUGUACUGUUAGAGCCUGCCAGCGACGGCAGGUGCACUUCUAUCACGCAUGCGCGUGGCAGGGGACUGCUCUCUGUGGGCGUGGGUAUUAUAGGGCAUUGUAAUUGAUGGUUUAAAACUUGCUGAAUAAUUUUUGAUUGAGACAAAAUUAAUAAAAUUACUGGUCUUUUAGAGUUACAGAAGUGAGAAAAGCGAUUUGAGCAUGUGUACUUGUAGGCUUGUUUGGGUGGCUGAGUAAAGAUGCUUCUUCUGAAAUAAAAUUGGUGCUGC